AUGGCGGACAAUCAUGAAGCGGUUGUGGACGGGAUCCGUGAAACUGACUUGAACGAAGAUAUGAUUUCUGGCGCUAUUGGUACCAGUGCAACCACACGAAUUGAUUUUGAAGAAGAUGAUCCACGACAUUUUCCAGGCAUGGACGAAAUGUUAAAAGUAGCUACCGAUUUACAAGACACAUCAGAACGUACGGUUCAACUGACGGUCGACGAUAAUAGUGAGUCACCCAGAUUAGAAAUGGAAAGUUCCGGUAAGAAAAUAACCACGAUUUACUGAACAAAAUAAAUUUUGAUGGAAAAACGCAACGACUUUUCAAUUUUGUCAGAGUUUUUUUGUUUCCACGCGUAUGAUAAUAUCCUCAAUUGAAUGUACCCAAUGUGAAAGAUGAAGUCUACUAAGUUUUCUACCUCUGUAAGCUUAUGUUAGCUUAAGUGUGUUGAAGGCCCAUCGAACCGUGACAUUUAACAUUUUAUACGCAAACCAGCGGAUAAAAAGGUCAGAAUAUCAAAACGAGACACUUUGCCUUCAUAAUACCGGGUUGGCAGACUAAAUAAGUCAAGGAAAUUCAAAUUGCCUCGAGUCUCUGAAAACCUCUGACUAGAAGAAGCAUCGAGAGGAGAGAACUAAAGAACUGCUUUUGCCAAGUCGCUUACUAUAGUAAAAGUGACAUUUUUCUAUUGCCUAUUGGUGAAAAAUUUAGCAGAGUAGUAGUCAGUAGUUUGGAUCUUAAAUCAGCAAUCCUCAGGAAUUUGUUGUUUGACGUCGCCUCUUCUUGACGCACCUUUGUGUUCAAUUUUGUAUGCAGCAAUAGAUAAAUCAUUGCUGUACAUGGUACUUUUAGUUGUAAAACUGUUAUAUUGUAAUAAUGAGUUUGGACAUCUAUAUGUAAGAUAGGUUUAACACAAAUUGCUUAUCUUUCUUGAAUUCAAUAGGGCCUUCUUCAUUGCCCCCAUGGCAGACACCGGCAGAAACUUAUCAAAAUGGUCAUCCUUCGUCUCAAGCUGUCAUUCGACCAGGCACUGCUCAGAAAAUAGAUCACUUAAAGAAAUGGAGUAUUUCAACAUACAAGUAUACUAGGCAGUAUCUUUCUGAGAGAUUUGGUAAAGGUACAAAGACUGUAGAUACCGAACUUGAAGGACAGAUUCUUUUGUUAAAGGAAACCCAAGUUAAGUAUGUCAAUGUUCUAAAACUAGCAAAACAGAUGACAAACCAUUUCCAAAAUAUGGUGCAAAGUCAAAGAAGUCUUGCUGAUGCCUUUGCAGAUUUAGGGAUGAAGUCACCUGAGCUCCAAGAUGAAUUCAACUAUAAUGCUGAAUCUCAGAGAUCACUCGUCAAAAAUGGGGAAGUUCUUCUUGGAGCACUAAAUUUUUUUACAUCAAAUUUGACAACUCUGGUGCAUAAGACCAUGGAAGACUCCAUCAUGACAGUGAAAGCUUAUGAAUCUGCUAGAAUAGAAUAUGAUGCUUACAGGACAGACCUAGAAUCCACCCAAGCUGGACCAAGAACAGCAGGGACAGCUCUGAAAGCUGAAGAGGCAAAGCAACAGUUUGAUGUUCAAAAAGAGAAAUUUGACAGACUACGUGGGGAUUUAGCGAUCAAACUAAGAUUUCUGGAGGAAAACAAGGUACUGAAAAUACAUCUAAUACAUCAGCUAUUAUGUACAAUGUUAAGGCAAUUGCUUUAGCUACAUGCAAGAUUUCAAUUAUAAUUUAGGAAAUGUUUGGGGUUCAUCCUUGUAAAUGGGCCAAGUGCCAGUAAACUUUUGGUCUUCCUUCACUUACUCAGCUUAUUGACUACUGAACUUAUUAAGCAAAUUCCUCUUGAACUGCAAAAGGAAUAGGAGUGUUGUGAAAAUUGUGAUACAGUGUUAAAUAUGAGGAGAAAAAUUUGACACUGUAUUUUAACAUGUGAGGGUGAGCAUCUUUACUACAAAGUCACACAGGGCUGGAAAAAAAGCUGAAUCUGAGUGUUCACAUCAUGCACUUCACCUGUAUUGAAUACACCUAAUAGAGAAGAGAGAGAAUUUGUUUUAAAAAGAGUUCAACUCCCACAGGACUAAUUUGGAACAAAAGUAUAGCAGACUUUCCAUUGUGUAGGAAUACCAAUAUGGAUGCCAUGAUGUCAUGUGAAAACACUAUUGUUUGGGUUUCUUUAAUUAAACUUCAUUUGCACCCUCUGGCAUAAUUUCUCUUUCUGUAAAUUCCUGGGGCUCAAAAUGCAGUAAAUAGAAAUGUCAGAGGGGAGCUUAGUUAAUAUUAUAAUGAGCAGUAAAUUCUGGAGGCAACUUUGAGGAGUGAAGAUGACAGGUUGUUUGAUUUUAAGUGUUAAUUUUUGGAUGUUGUCUGCUACAAAUACAAAUGUUUGUCAAUAUCUUGUUGGCAAUGUGAUUGUAGCAAUGGUGCAAUCAAUACUGAAAGGGUUCUUAAGGUGUAAUUUUGAUUAUCAAAGAGUUGGUUAAGUAAUAAUAAUUCGUAUUGUAUUUACUUUUAUAAAUAGGAUUUAUAUUCACCACUGAUUUACUUGCUUUUCCUGCAUCCACAGGUGAAGGUGAUGCACAAGCAAUUGUUGCUUUUUCAAAAUGCAAUUAGUGCUUAUUUUGCUGGAAACAAGCAAGCAUUGGAUAACUGUAUAAAGGAAUUCCACAUUAAAAUAAAAAACAAUGAGGGUAAACAGCCAUCUUUCUUGGAACACUGAUGUUGUUGUGGAAACAUUUGUCAUCUGGGACUGUUAAUCAAAGACUAAGUAAGCUGCAGGCGUACUUGAAACUGAAAGGAUGUUUGGAAUUUUUGUUUGGCUAAAUUUUGUUGAUGUAGAAAGAAACAAAACUACAAUAUGAAAUGGAAAGAAGAAUUUUGAUUACUAUGUAGUAUGAAAAUUUUUUGAUUUAAAUUUACAGUACUUCCUUGGAUUGUCCUCAGUACACAAAAAUACAUCAAAUUCUAGCAGGAAAAAAUUGCAUCAAUUUGCUCUUCUCAGUUAAACAAGAAAGUUCUCAAGAAAAUAAUUUGUCACUUCAGAUUCAUAAUAUUGAGGGUCAUAUGGAUUCAAAAUAUCAAUGAAUGAAUAAUCUUCUGUAUAGUUGUCUUGUCAGCUAGGCUUUGCAAUCUCCUGCAUGUCAAUCAGAAUGCUGUAAGAAUGAGCUUCCAGAAGACAUUUCAGCUCUCUGGAAUGGCAAAUGUUUGUAAGAAAAAUGCAACGAAUUGCAAAUCCUUCAAAAUGUGACUCUUGAGAAAGUUUAUGCUACUUGGUAAAUAUUGUUUUAUCCUUUCUUCAUGACAGUCAAAUGGUAAGUCAAGCUGAUUAAUCGAGAUUGUAAUUCCAAAGAUAAAGCAAAGUGUUAUUAGUGGUAGGGUAGAUUAAAAUUUAACUUGUGGUAUUGUGUUAGAUGGAACCAAAUAAAAAUAUGACUUGAAAGCCAUCUAGAACUGGUGUGACCAGAGUAUCAUUUGAACUAGCUACUGACUCUCAGACCACAAUUGUUUCUUUAGCCUAAGCAGGAGACAAGGAUAUUUGUCCAUGAAAAGUAAAUUCACUUUCAGGCUGACCAAUAAGCACUCAGACUUAGUAAUAAGUGACUAACAACAAUUGUGACAUUCAUUUUAAAGUUAAUACAUAAUUAGGAUAAGCAAGUCUCCUAGAGAUGGCAAUUUCCACUCUUAAACAGUAUGUUACUACUUUUAUAUCUGAUAUUCUUUUCUUUAGUGAUAGGAAGGGUGUAUUCAACUCUACACAAUGCAUAAGAUAUUUAACAACUAUUCACUUAAUUCUAUAGCGGCAUGGUAAAUAUCCAUCACUAGCCACCGACACUGAGGUGAAGAGUUGUUUUUGUAGAUACCAAAACAGUGGGAUAAUAUUGCAGAAUGUUUUGAAUAACAGAAGAUAUUUGAAGUUUGAGUAGAACCUGAGCAAGCCUGCAAUUUUAUUCACUGUUUUAGUAUAUACUAAAUUAGUGUACUUGCUCAGGUGAUUACAAAGAUGUGCACACUCAUUUGGUCAAGGAUGUCUUUUUAUGAUAACCCUGGUGCAAGGCGAUAUUAAUUUUGAAGCACUAAUCUUAAAAUGGAACUUUUGAGAGUAGUUGUUUUUAAUGAAGAAAAAUGUAAAAUGAAAGAAAAAGCAGGUACUCUGAUACUCGUCAUUACUUCUACCAAAAUAAGUAUUAUUCUCAAGCUGACUGAAUACUGUCUAACAGUUGUUAGAUAUUAUUAAAAGAAGCAUACAGGGGACAGCUGCAAACAAAUUUAUAUUGGUGCAAAAAAAUAUAUGUGGAUGUAAACAAAUAUAUAUUGAUG